UUUUAGUCUGCGGAAAAUGCUAGACAGGAAGCAGCGAGCUAGAGAAGUUGUAAACAUACACGUUUAGACAAAAAACAAACUUGCCUGUUAAAGUCGAAGACGUGACAGGGUAAUUAAACAAAUGACGUCCCUUAAAUACUAGACAUCUAACAAUCAUUCACCAUGGAGUCAGCCGUUAAAGGGAAGGCAAAGCGGAGACAUUUGGAUGCAGAGGAAUGUGUCGAACUCGGUAUGACACCAGAGGGUACCGAAGCCCUCACCCAACCCCAUGCAUUUGACCGCAGCAAUUCCGACCCCAACCGGGGACUCUACCCCAGGUCGCCUGCAAAGUAUCCCCGAACACCCACAAAGAGAAAAAAACUCGAUGGAGAUACUGACAAGUACCAGAGAGGCAUCACCCAGUUCUUCCCAGUGACAGGGGUCGUUAAGGUCAGCCCUCAGAAAACAGCCCAGCCAAGCUCGUCCUCAACCGCAGACAGACUCAGCAGAGCUCUCCCGUUCACAAGAGGCCCGACGUUGCGAGAGGCGGCAGCCACGCCCAUAAAGGAGGAGCCUGUGGAUGAAUUUUCCACACCCACAAAGGAGGAGCUAGCAGAAAUAUUCGCCACUCCCAUGGAGGAGGAGGAGGAGGAGGAGGUGGUGAACUAUCUGGAAGGGAUGACGGAGGCUAUGUUUGGGGAUGAUGACGAAUUUGAGUGUGGCACAACAGCCAAAGCAUCAGGGGAGGACCUAGCCCGGGUGGAGGAGGAGGGAGUGGAGGCCCUAGCCCGGGUGGAGGAGGAGGGAGUGGAGGACCUAGCCCGGGUGGAGGAGGAGGGAGUGGAGGCCCUUCCUGAUGCUCACUACGGGCUGCUGGGGACCAGCACCAGGCUGGUGCAGCCACAGGGCCACGUGGAGGACCUUCCAGAGGAGCUGCUCAGGCUGGUGUUCAGCCUCCUCUCUGCCCAGGACCUGUACCGUCACGUCAGCCUGGUGUGUCGCCGCUGGAGGGACAUCGUCACUCAGGCACUGUUUGUUCCCUGGAAGAAGCUGUAUUUCCGCUACCAGAUGAGAGAGAAGGAGGCCGUGAAGGAGAUCUGCCUCCUGCUGAGGAGACAGAACAUCGUCAAGGAGACGCCCCUGAGUGUCAUCAACAUGAUCAAGUUCAUGGCGGAGUACAAGCCAACCCAGCGGGUGAAGCCUGAGGCAGUGUUACACAGUGUGAGGAAGCAUCAUCUCUUUCCUCAGGCAGAGGCCUGUCUCAAACACAGGAUCCCUGAUAUACUAGGCAUCGAGGGGGGUCCUAACCCAUGGGCAGCCAUGGCCCUGAUCCUGGUCUUGUGUCCCAACGUCGGGGACGUUCUGGACCUGGUGGCUCGUCUGAAGACCUGCUUGCCGUCGCUUAGCGACAUUUCGGAGUACCUCAGCGCCAUGGCAACCGUGCUGCUCGCCAUGACGAACGGAAAGAUAAACAUCAGUAACAGACGGUACUACAAUAUCUACUAUGUGCUUCAUCUGAUGCAGAACGCUCCGCCCAGGAUCAGCAGCCGUCAGACUGGGAGAGCUCCGGUCCAGGUGACCCAGGAGCAGCAGCAGGUCCUGAAUCACGACAUCCAGGCUCACCACGUCGUCAAGAUCGUGGCCUUCGCAGGCACAGGGAAGACCACCACGCUUGUCCACUACACCCAGCAGAGACCUCUCCUUCGCUUCCUGUAUGUGGCCUUCAACAAGUCGGUGGCCACACAGGCACGGCGCUGUUUCCCCAGCAACGUGGACUGUAAGACAGUCCACUCCAUGGCCUUUGGAGCAGUUGGCAUAAAGUACCAGGUGAGAAAGCAGCUUUGCCCCAACCUCAGGCCCUUCUCUGUGGCCUGGUGGCUGCCUAAAGGUCGCGGGGGGUUCAUCAACGCCAAGGUGGUGACCCUCACACUCAGCUCCUACAUGGCCUCGACCGACACACACGUCACCCCUGAGCACGUGCCCUGGAAGUUCAAGAACAACCAGGGCCAGGAGCAGGAGAUCGACCACGAGGCCAAAAUGAUGUAUGUAAGGGACGCUCAAAAUAUCUGGGACAAAAUGGUAGAUCUAAACGGUGGCAACGAAAAACACCACAUGACCCAUGAUGGGUAUCUGAAGCUUUGGCAGCUCAGCCAACCGUGUCUGGACAAAUAUGACGUCAUCCUCAUAGACGAGGCGCAGGACUGCACUCCAGCUAUCAUGGACAUCAUGCUGCCUCAGCGCUGUGGGAAGGUGUUGGUAGGAGACCCUCACCAGCAGAUCUACACCUUCAGAGGAGCUGUUAACGCCCUGGAACACGUCCAGCACACACACCUGUACUACCUCACACAGAGCUUUCGGUUUGGAGCUGAGAUUGCUUAUGUUGGCGCCAGCAUCUUGCAGGUGUGUAAGCACGUCAGCAAGGUCCUAGUGGGAGGGCAGCAGGAAGGCAGUGUGAGGGGAGAGGCUUCAGACGUGGUGAGUCAUGUCCAGUCAGGUGUGAGUGAAGCUCGAGGGAAGACGGCCAUCUUGUCACGCUGUAACGUCACUGUGUUCAGCGAGGCUGUGAGGCUGACCGACGCUAACCCCCGCUGCAGGCUGCACAUCGUAGGGGGGGUUGAGAACUUUGGCCUUGCACAGAUCAUGGACAUCUGGCUUCUGAUGCAGCCAGAACAAAAACGCACAAAAGGCAUCAGUGACGGCUUCAUCAGGAGCUUCUCCAGGUCAGUGAGUCUGGGGGGCUACGCUGGCCUGAAGGACUACGCCACCAAGACCCAGGACCGCGAGCUGGAGACCAAGCUGGCCGUGGUGGAGAAGUACAACAACCGCAUCCCCGAGCUGGUGAACCGCAUCAAAGCCUGCUCUGAGCACGACCACCAGCACGCAGAUUUCAUUCUGGGGACAGUCCACAAGUCCAAAGGUCUGGAGUUUGACACAGUGGUGGUCACUGAUGACUUCGCCAAAGUCCCUGUGGCCCGUCACAACCUGCAGAGGAUCCGCUUCUCAGCAGGUGACAUUCCGAAGGAUGAGUGGAACCUGCUGUACGUGGCAGUGACCAGGGCUCAGAGGAACCUGAUCAUCACUAAGAACAUCUCCAACAUCCUCACUCUGGCCGGGGAGUACUUCCUGAGGUCAGAGUUGACCAGCGCCCUGACUAGUGACGACAGGCCCGUUUGUUUGGUUCGAGAGUGUCAGAACCGCGUCAUGCCAGAUGCUACCAUCGUCAUGAGCAAGCUGCCCAUCAAAUACAUGGACAGCGAGGAUGCCGGGGGUCCUCUGUGUGAGAGUUGUGUGUGGCAGCGUUUGGGCCCCAGCGCCUGCCUGCUGGCCCCCCCAGAGAGGUUGCAGGCUCUGCCUCAGACGCAGGAGAGACUGGAGCUGCCCAUCAACUACGCUUUGCUGCUCGCUCUCUUCUAAAACACACACUUUUUUUUUUUAAAUUGUUUUUAUACGUUAACCUUUAUUAUUAACGCUGUUCACAACAAACGUGCCUAUCCAUGCUUAGCUGAAAAGGUGAACACAUCCAUGAAGACACAACAGCUGCAUGGGAAUUGCACUGCCAAUUACUUAUCGGGAAAUACGCUUUUAAUGUUGAACAUCCCAAACACGAUAAACAUGUCUCUUUAAUUUAUUUAUUUAAAAUACUUUGGGUUCUUAUCAACAGAAACUGUUGAAAAAUUGUAAUAAACAGUUUUGUCCAAACUUUUAAGCAGUAGAUAUCCUGAGCAGUUAUUUAUUUUUAAGACAUCUGUUGAACAGUCGGUCUCCUUCAGCCUGGCACUGCCAGAGCAAAAUGUCUCAGUUAAUUUUUGAUUUCCGAGGGGAGUUUGCGCAUCCAAAUGCCUCUGGAUGCAAUUGGAUAGAUAAAACCAAUCAGAGAAACAAAUGGCAACUUGGUUGUUAAUGGAGUGUCGCAACGGCGCUCCUCUGUACAGGGAACAGACCCCUCUGCCAGAGCACCAACCAACAGACCCCUCUGCCAGAGCACCAACCAACAGACCCCUCUGCCAGAGCACCAAACAACCACCAGCUGACAUCAGUCAAGUUCCCAGAAUUUUUCUGCGAGUCAUUUCCCACAGUUCAGGAUGUGAGAGUGUGUGUGGGCUUGUAGCGGAGGGGGGGUGGGGGCGCCCGGAGGGGGGGUGGGGGCGCCCGGAGG